CAUUCACAACGAAACGGCAGACAGAUUUUGCCAGUCAGGGAUGGUUGUCACUUUUUCUCCCUGUUCUGGAAAGUCUUCUGGCUGUUGGUGAAAAGUUCUUCUCGGUUGAAAAACGGUUUCAUUUUAGGCCCAUUUGCCUGUAACGAGGGUAGCUUCCCUACCCCAGUUUCGAUUGUUUCCGCCAUUCGAUUUCAUUGGGGCUAUUAUGAUAAGAAGCAUACAAAAAAUCGCUCGCGGUUCCACUUGAACGCCUAGCAGCAGCAGCAGCAAUUCCACCAUCGCUUCGCGACACCAUUCAAGUAAUUUUUCAACCCAUUUGAUGGUGAGCUAUUGCGAAGAAAAGUGCACAGUGAAUUUUGUGACUCGCCUGAGUUAAGAAAAAAAAGGAAAAUUCUACAUCAGGAAAAGAUCCCAAUUUCCGGUCAAUUAUUCCAGCCAGCCUGGAGGGCUAAAAAGCGAUGGAUCGCCAUAGUGGUAUUCGGAAAAAAUAGAAAAUAAAAAGAGUGCAAAGCUUCGAUCUGGGAAACUACGCCAGUCGGUUGCAGGAAGGAGUGCAGAGUUAUCUAGUCGUCAUGUCAUCACUGGAACAUGAUUGCAACGCACCCGUUGAUCCAAGAGUGCAGAUCGAGCUCGAGAAGUUGAAUGAGGCUACCGACUACAUAAAUAAAUAUGAAGUCGAGCUGGAUGAAGCCCGCAAUGAGUUCCGUGAGCUGCUCAAGGAAAGUAUGGAGAAAAUCAAACUGGUCGCCAAAAAGUUGGGCAACUCCAUCGAAACCGCUAAACCGUACUACGAGGCUCGGUUGUAUGCAUCGCAGCUCGCUAAGGAAACGCAACAAUCGGCCUUGAACUUCGACAAAGCAAAAUCGGUGCACGCGGCUGCCAAGGAGAUGGUUUUUCUAGCCGAGCAGGGUCUCGGGGAGAAGUCCACCCUGGACACGGCCUGCCAGGAAAUGCUAACGCAUGCUACCACCCGGGUUAAUGAGUCGCAGAAUGAGUGCACCGAGAUGCGGAACUUGCUGCGAAUCAGCGAGCUGAAGCUGGAUGUCGCGAACAAUCGUGUUACCAAGCUGCACUCCCAGCUGAAGGGAGCAAUUCGGGCUUCCAGUUUGGAUGUUCGCAGAAACCUGCUACUGAUGAAUUUGCUUGUUUAUCAGAAUGAGUUAUUGUUUUUGCCAUACUAUGAGUUGCGGGCAAACUACAACGCUCUCCUGCUGGAACAUAAGCAGAAAGUGAUGGAUCUAGAAGCGAAGGUCUCUGAGGCGAAAAUGACCUACAAUGAGGCACUGACAAGUUUAGAGAAAAUAUCGGAGGAGAUCCACCAGCAGCGAAAAGCGAGAACCAACAGUAUCGACGAAGACGCAUCAUCCUCCUCUUCUUCGACGAAUCCCCGGAUCGGCCAGAAAACCGGUAUCGGAAUGCAUCUGCCGUUUAGUAACUCACCGUCUGCAGCCAGAAUAGAAUGCAGUGAUGAGUAUUUGGAGUUUCCUGCCAAACUGGGACUCAAGGCAAGCCCCAUAAAGCAGAGGUAUCUGGACAAGCUGGAUUGCCCCCAUCUAUUGAAAGAUUUUGCACGAAAAACCAGUCCCAGCGGGGAGAGCGACUCCGAUAAUAACUAUUUAUUUUCGCCCAAUCGGACGAUCGAUGACAUCACUAACAUGUCCUCGGAGGACAUUGAACAGUGGACGGAGAUUCGACUAUCCCACUCGAAUAGCACCAGUUCAGAGUAUUCACAGCACAAUUCAGCUUUAGACGACGAUGGCGGAGAUCUUCCACCAGAAGUUGUAUCCGACUCAACCGAAACUGAUUCCGACAGUACCAAUUCGGGUCCGAGAAUAAAAGCCCGUAUCAUAAAAAUGGAGAUAUACGACGAUAGCGCCAAUCAGAAUAAUAAACGCGAAGGUAUAACAGGAUGGAUCACGGGUCGCACAAUCGGCCGAUCGCCUUCGAUUUCCAUAGCGGGUUGCUCGCCGGUUCAGAAUUUUAAUGAAGAAACCGAGCCCAGCAGCUCUACCGGACGGCGUCAAAGCCUGGAUAUCAUUAUUGACACCGGAGAUCGGGUGAAGGAUGCCUUCACUCAGGGCAUCCAGCGGAUUGGACGAUCUCUGGAACGGCGCAACAGUGAGUCCGAGAUUGCCCGGCAUGGUGAAAACAUGGGCAGCGGCGGCAACGAUAACGGAGGAAGCAGCGGCGGCAUCGGGAGUAAUGGCACGGGGAGUAACUCUGGAACGGGGAGUGAUUUUUUUCUCUUUCAACGCUCGUCGGAUACUGCGCGGGAUGGCCUCUCGGAUGAACAGGUUGAGAACCUACUUCUAGGUCAAGACUGUUCGGAUCUGUUUCAAAACGUGGUAAACAUAUCCAAGUAAAAAAGUUUAGCAAACGAGAGAUGUGUUUUCUGUGAUUGGAACGGGAACGGGGCCAUCUAGGGCGACGUCUGGCGGGCGUGCGGCGCAUUGAAUCAACUAGAAACUAUACACUUAUUAAGCAAUUAUUCACUGUAGGCAAGGUAGUAUUUUAACUAUUAGUGAGCUAAGAAUAUUCAAAUUGUCAUGAAAGAUAAAAGAAAUAACAAAAUAUUUAGGAUAUCAAACAAGGCAAAAAUACCACAUUGUUGCUUGGAUCGAAGGACAGAUGGAGUGACAGCUUGGUAGCAAGUAUUCAGUUUUCACUCGUAAUGGUGCCGUUCAUGGGCGAAUUAUUCGAAACAUAACUAGAUAGAGGACGGAAAAUGAGAACAAACCAUAUCGAAAAGAAUAUAACAUGAUAUGAUAGAAUUUCAACUAACAAAAAUCGCUUCUUUCAGUUAAAUCGAUGCAUAUGACUUCUGAGAAGUUGGAACGAUGAGGAACAAUUUCAAAGCCUACUAUAUAUGAAUAGAGAGAAUAAUUGGAGAGCAAUUCUAGUCUAAACGUUUUAACACAUUGCUGCAAAGUUGUCACUCGAAUCUGGACGUUCGUCCUGUGAAUUGUUGUUAUAUGAAUCUUAUGUGUAAACUGAAAAAAAAAACAAACUGAGACUAUUCCGGCAAAACCGCAUUUGCAAUGGAUCAAUCGUGAAUAAUAAAUGUUAUAAAUGAUGGAAAGCGAGAACAAAAAACCAACAAUAAUGCUUACACCCAACUUAACACAACAACACAGAUUGACAGAAUUACGAGAUUGGCAAUGAUCAGAAUAUUGACAAACAUUGAGCAGGAUUUGGUAGUGGUAAAAUAAAGCUAGUAUAUAUAUGGCUAUUACCAGACAAAUUGUGAAGAAUAAAGCAAUUUUAGCUGUCCACAAA